GAGAAAUGAAUGAACAAAAUAUAUCUAUAGAUCCGAAUUUGUUGUUGAACGAUGUCCAAAAAUCGACUUUGGAUGAGCUUUUAACAAACGAUAAUAUAACUAUUAUAUCAUGGACACCAGAGCAACAAGAGGAGGCAACCCAAUUUCUACAGUCUCAUAUGCUUUUGGAUUUAGUAGCCUCUAACGCGAAUUUAACAAAUUCGAAAUGGGACAUAAGAUAUAAAUAUGACGAUCAUACUGAUAUACAGAAAAUUUUAUGUCAAUGUAGUUGUGGUAUUUUUACCGAAACUUCUAAUGCUAAAAACACAGAUAUAAGCGAACAAAAUUUUGAGUUUUUGGGGUGUUUAGCUUUUGCAGAGAUUACAAUCAAUAAAUCAACAAACCAUUACGAAAAAGUUACGGGAUAUUUUGAACAUGUGAAUGGAUGCGUUCAAUCAAAUAAAACUACUACUUCACAGGUAGCCGAAUCUCAAAUGAUUAUAGAUACACCAUCAAAGAUUCCGUCACAAGAAGCGCCGUUAUCGGCCGUAUCACAAGAUGAGUCGCACGUUUCUGGUUCAUCGAUUUUACAACUUCAUCCUAUGGUUAAAGAGAUUACGUCAGAUCUAUUAAAAUCAUAUGUACCUAUAAAAUGGGUGUUGAAGGACAAUCAACAAUUUGUUCAAAAUAAUUGUAAUGGAUUAGUUAUUUUAGAUAAUUAUAGGUUGCUAAUUAGUCCUUCGGAUAUAUCUAAUAUCAUGGGUGAGAUACAAAAAAUAAAGUUAAACAUUAAUAUGCGACAACCAGUAGAUUCUAGUUUAUUGGACUUAUUUUUUUUAAAGGGAGAUAGCGAUUCAUUGAUACGAAACUCAUGUUUUCAUUAUCAACCCAGAACUCAAGAACAUAGUAGACUUGAAAUUGGACUUUCAACAUUAGAGCAAAGGGAACUUGCGUGGACUUAUGGUCAUCAGAAUCUGUUGAUAUUCGAUGGAACGUUCACUAUUUGUGAUAAUAGAAUACUUUUGUUCGCAUUAUUGGUACUUGAUGAAGAUCAUCGUAGUAUUCCUGUGGCGUAUUUCCUGUUUUCUCUACCCAAUUCAACACAAUCUUCUGAUGAUGACUAUGAUUAUCGAUUAUUAAGUAAAUUGUUACAGAAGUUUGUUGAUGUAUUAGGUGAAAAAAAUUCAAUGAAAUUUUUACCAAAG